UCUGUCUCUUUCCUCUUCAAAAACACACAAGGAAAAAUAAAAACAUUGCCAUUGCAGUUUCAAUUUUAGUCUCGCCCGUUCCUGCCGUUUAUCUCUCUAGGGUUUUGUUUUGAAAAAGGAAGAAAAAAAAACAACAGAAUUCAAAAUCCAAAAUUUCUCAGAAGCUCACCAUCAAGAUCAAAUCUCUGUUCAAAACCCAUUAUUUAUUUGCCCCAAAUCAAAAUGGGUUCAAUUCAAAACAAUGAAAUGAUUCGCUAUUAAACCCCAAAAUCAUUCCACUAAAAAGCCAGAAUUUUUUUAUUUUUAUUAUAUGAAUUUAUGGCAUCGACAAGGAAUAUAGUAGGUGGUGAAACAACGACAGGAAACGAGAGGGGGAGGGUGUUAACGAUGAGAGAUGAAGAGAAAGCUAAAGAGGUCGAUUCACCCUCUGCUAAAAGAGCUAAAUUUGAGAGAUUUCCGUUGACAAGAUGGGAAUUAGCUGCUGCUCUCGGAGUCUUUUUUGUCUUUUCUACGGGAUUGUUUUGUAUCUACUUGACAAUGCCUGCUGCUGAAUACGGAAAGCUCAAGUUGCCUCGUACUAUUUCAGAUCUUCGCUUGCUCAAAGACAAUCUCGCAACAUAUGCAAAUGAAUAUCCAGCACAAUUCAUUCUCGGCUACUGCUCUACUUAUAUCUUCAUGCAGACUUUUAUGAUUCCUGGAACAAUUUUCAUGUCAUUGCUAGCUGGAGCUCUUUUUGGUGUUGUUAGGGGGCUUUUUUUAGUUGUUUUCAAUGCCACAGCUGGAGCGUCUUCCUGCUUUUUCUUGUCCAAGUUGAUUGGCAGGCCUCUAGUUAAUUGGUUGUGGCCUGAAAAGUUGAGAUUUUUUCAGGCAGAGAUUGCUAAGAGAAGGGAUAAACUACUGAAUUACAUGCUCUUCUUGAGAGUAACUCCAACGUUGCCCAAUCUUUUUAUCAAUUUGGCAUCUCCAAUCGUGGACAUACCUUUUCAUAUUUUCUUUUUGGCUACUUUAUUGGGUCUUAUUCCUGCUUCCUAUAUCACUGUCAGGGCCGGCCUUGCUCUUGGGGAUCUCAAGUCAGUAAAGGAUCUAUACGAUUUCAAAACUUUGUCUGUGCUCUUCAUUAUUGGGUCCAUUUCCAUAUUCCCUACCCUUCUAAAGAGAAAGCGAAUAUAUGAGUGAAGGUUGUAUUGGCGAGUCUCCCUGCCAAAGCCAGCUUAAGAGAGAUCUUUUGCUGCUUGCUUAAAGGAUCUGAAAAUGCUGCAGAGUGGCAUCCUUCUUUUUGCCACAAAAUACAUGACACCUGCUUCGCAUGUGAUACAGAUGGGUUGAUUAUUCUCCCCUAUGAUGACGAUAAAGUAUAAAAUUCAUGAAUAAUCUCUUAUAAUAUAUAUUUUUUAUUUUCCCAUGAAAUGUUAAUUCAAUGAUCUCCCAAUAUGGAUUAUUUGUACAGUUGGGAGCCAGCAAUGCUCUAGGAAGGUGUUGUAAUCCUUUAUAAUCCUUGAAAGAAUCUUGAAAGAUUAAGGCUGAGUUGUAUUGCUGUUGAUACAUUUAUUUAAGAACUAUACUAAUUAUUGCCAAUA